GAGAGAUUUGUUACGCUGCAAAAGCCUAAAUUAUUCACUUAAUCCUCGUCCAGGAAGCAGCUGAAAAUUAGUAUUUAAUUGUUACAGCUAUCAGCUUUUUUCGUAUUUGUAUUAAAAAUGUGCAAUAAAUGUAUAGAAUAAGAGAAAAGUUAGCAAUUUAAGUUGGUGUGGGCUCAGCACGUAAAAAUGGUGGCAUGGAAAUUAUGUGAAAAAUAAUGUUAAAUAACCAGUAAGAGUCUCUCGAUAGUUCGUGGAGUAAAGUUAAUAGAACAAAUGAAUUAAAACCCUUUGACACAAAACACAGAGGAUUACCUAUUAUGCAUUUUAAGAAAAGAAAGCAGAUAAAAUUUCAUAAACGUUUAAAAACACAGAAACCUUUAACCGAAAAAAUACUGAUGUGAUUAUCCUAAAUCUCACACUCCAAAAUUUGCAAGUUGAACGCAUUUCUACUUAAAAUCAAAAAGCCGAUUUUUACACAAAAAAACCUUAAAAGUCCUGGCAACAAUCAAUUUUGUUACCCCUUAAUUAAUAAGUUGCAAAACACAUAAAAUGACGCGAAACAGCAAAGUGACACGACGUUGGGAAGUGUUUCCGGGUCGUAAUAAAUUUUACUGUAAUGGAUAUUUGAUGACAGCACCAAACACGACAGUUUUUUGCCUAACAGUAUUUUUAAUAACUGGCACCAGUGGACUAUUUUUUGCCUUUGACUGCCCAUUUCUUGCGCAAACCAUCACACCCGCCAUACCGAUUGUUGGCGGAAUUUUGUAUGUAUUUGUCAUGAUUGCUCUCUUUCGGACGUCGUUCAGUGAUCCGGGUGUCAUUCCACGUGCGUCUGCCGAAGAAGCUGCUGAAAUCGAGAAACAAAUCGAGGUGCCAAACUCGUUAAACAGUCCGACCUAUCGCCCACCGCCACGCGUUAAAGAGGUGUACGUGAAGGGACAAGUGGUAAAACUGAAAUAUUGCUUCACGUGCAAGAUAUUCCGACCGCCAAGGGCAUCGCACUGCAGUUUGUGUGAUAAUUGUGUGGAACGUUUUGACCAUCAUUGUCCCUGGGUCGGAAAUUGUGUAGGAAAACGCAAUUAUAGGUUUUUCUACAUGUUUAUCGUAUCACUUGCAUUCUUAGCUGUAUUCAUUUUUUCUUGCGCAAUGACACACAUCAUACUACUUACAAAAGCCAAUGAGCCUGUAGUUACGGUAAUCAAAGAGACUCCAACAAGCGUGAUUGUAGCUACGAUUUGCUUUUUCUCGGUGUGGUCCGUUAUUGGUUUGGCAGGCUUUCACACGUACUUAACAAGUAGUGACCAAACAACAAAUGAAGAUAUAAAAGGAUCAUUUUCUUCAAAGAAUGGACAACAGAGUGUCAAUCCAUAUUCUCACGGAAAUAUAUGUCUGAAUUGUUUUCAUAUAUUAUGUGGACCCAUUUCUCCAUCACUGAUAAACAGACGAGGGAUAGUAACAGAUGAUGAACGACUUCAAAUUGAAUGUGACUCAAAGUGUGCUGCUCAAUCGCAAGUGCCAAUGCUCGUGCAGCCGCUUAGUAACAAUAAAUUUGGUAUUCCGAAUGUUCAUGGUGCCGUUAAUGAUAUUAAUAAGCCUUAUAAUAAUUUGGAGAUUGAUCCAUCAUUGAAUAAUGCAGCAGGCGUUUAUAGACAAAGAAGUUAUGACAAUCUACAAAGCAACGAUAACUCUGGAAGUGUGAUCGCCUUAGUCGAAAAUGAGCAACCACUGUCAACGUCAUCAACGAGUAUUCAACAACGACUAAAACAGAUUGGACCGCCCCCGCCGCCAUUACCACCCCUCACACCCACAGACGAGUCCUUGAACAGUCCAGAGUUAGUAGUUAGCAGUAAUGAUAGUAAUAGUUUAAGUUUAGCAAUUGAUAAUAGUGUUCAAAUUCACCAUCCGGCAAGUAGUCGAUCAUUGCUUCGCCAAAAUUUUACCGAAAAUUUGUACAACAAUGUGCUGCCUGUCAACGGCAGUAGUCGAUUGCAACCGAUGCCAGGUCCCCUGAAGCCACAAUUGAUGGCACUUGAAUUAAUUAAAAAUGAUCCAUCAUUACACGUUUAUUCAAAUAUCGAGGAGAAGAUGCACGAAAGCAUCGAUAUCUUUUUGAAAAGUGGCCCAACGUCACGUUAUGGCGGCGGAGGUGUCGUCAAUCCAGACACGCACGAAGUAAUGGAAAUGGAUGACGAUCUCGAUCGAAACGAUGUCGAGGAAGACGAUGUGAUGACUGUAAGCGAUCACGAAGAUCACGAAUCGUCGUUCAUACAAACACGUCCAACCUCAUCACCGGAAUUCAUCACAUUACAUCCCAUUACCAAUAGUAGCUUAAGUAACAUUAACAAUAAUAAUACAAGCACCUCCUCGUCUUCAGUGACGACGCAAAUCGAUGUCACAUCGACGCAUCAUCUCUCAGGUUUCACACCAGUUACGGGCACAACGAAGUUUCAACCAUCCACAAUGGCGCUACAAAGCCCCAGUAAUUUAUUAUGUAACAAUAAUGCAACCAAUAGCAUUUCCACAAGUAGCAGCGUGGGCAAUGCAAGUGAUUUAGACGGUGCUAGUAGUAUCGGCAACAAUUCACAAUCCUGUCUUGUUAAGCCAGCUGCUAUUGUUUAAUAUUUCUUCUGUUAGCUCAUUGUUAUUCUAAGUUUGCAUAAGUUAAAUAAAUAUGAAUAUGUCUUAGUUUGAAUA